CCACAGGCGUAGCGGCGUCAUGCCAGGAGCUCGGCGGAGGCGUCGGCGGAGGAGGAGGCGGAGGAGGAGGAGGAACCGGAGGUGGAGGAUGAGGAGGAGGAGGUGGAGGAGGAGGCGGCGGGAGCAGCAGCGGCUCGGGCGACGCCAAGUCCACCUCCUCCGGGGCCUCCGACAUGAGCGACUACCUGGACACCCUCAGCCUCUCGUCCUCGCACUCGUCCUCGGACCACGACCGGCUGCUGGCCCGCUCUUCCGUGAACACUCUGAGGCCGCGUUCGGGCAGGGAGUACACGCGCCUGGACCGACACGGGCUUUGUGCCGAGAACAAGACGCUGCCGGUGCUGGGAGAGGCGCCCCCCCACUGAAUCCGCGGGCGUUAAUGGUGCUACUUGACCAGGACUUACUUCGGCCGAGGCGUAGGUCGUCCUCGUCCUCGUCCUCGUCCUCGUCCUCGUCCUCUUCCUCUUGCUCCUCCUCUUCUUCCUCUUGCUUCCUCCUCUUCUUCCGGACCAGGUGCUACUUCCGGAAUCGAGGUCAAGAGGUCAAGAGGAAGCGUCUCCCGAGUCGUGGGGUUGUUGUCAUUAACUGUCAUUCGUAUCGUCGUUUUUAAUGUUUGUCAUGUCUUCGGAGGCAGGCGUCCAACAACGAGAUGACAAGAGACACUAACGUACCUCCAAGAGAAUAAGAAAAUGAAAAGAAAAGAGAGAGUAAAAUAAAGGAAAUAGAAGAAGAAACCUUUACGAAACAACCCCCACUUUUUUGGGGAGUUCAGAGGAGGGGAAGGGGAGGGGAAGGGGAGGGGAUGGGAGGGGGGGACUUCGGACGGCCGGAGAAAAAGCUCCCUUUCGCUCCAGUGUUCCCCUCAUAUCUCGUUUUCUUCCAAGGUUGUCAUAGAUGGAAUACUUUUUAAAAAUUUCUCUUCUUGCUUUUUCGUGUUAUUUUUUUUUUUUUUUUUAAUUUCUCUCUUAGUCUUUCUCUCUCUUUUAAAAAAAAAAAAUGAUCCAUAUUCUUUCAAAUCACGUUCUUUUUUUCCUUUCCCUUCGAUUCUUAAUCUAUCAAACCGCGCAAUAUAUUUUUUUAUUUUUUUUCAACCAUUCCGUUAUGACAUCUCUAUACAUAUAUACAUAUAAAUAUAUAUAUUUUGCUUUAUUAGUUUUCCCCCCUUUUUUCCUUGUUAUAACCAACUGUUAUGUUAAAUGUACAAAGCUUUGUGAUAUGUUAUCUAGUGUUUCUAGCGCUCGGAGCAUCGAAAAAUAACAGUUUAAGGUGCGACUGGAGCUUCUAGUCAUGAGAUCGACGAUUAGGCGUGGCGUGGGCUUCGUCUGAUCACGCCCACACGCCCAUCUCUGAGGGACAGGGCGUGGGUCAGGGUGGACAGAGACAGAGCGAGAGAGAGAGGAAGGAGAGGUCUGUGUGUAUAUAUAUCUCCUGACACCCACGCCCGUCGGGGUGAGGGGCGUGUGGGCGGGUUGUGGGCGUUGUUUAUCGCUCUCCCGCGCCCCUAGCUAUAGUUAUCGUGGGUGGGAAGGCGAGUCGACGGCAGCGGGAAAUGCGUUCGAGGCUGUCCCUUGGGUCGGAGGGUUAGGGGGGUUUGGGGGGGGAGGGGAGUCGAUGAUGGGUUGGGGGUAUGGGGGAGGGGGGGGGUGAGGGGUAAGGGAUAAGGGGAGAAAUGGGGGAGAGAAACCGGGCACGUGAUCUGGAAAGCCUUGCCCGGUAGGUGCCUAGUCGAGACGCGUUCGGAUCCCUCGACCCAUUACGUCGGCCGAGAAUGAAGGAGAGAGAGAAAAAAAACAACAUUGAAAGAACGAAGGAGGAAUUAAACAAAAGGAAGGAAAGAAGGGAGGGACGUCCAGCCAAGAGGCGUCCCUAAGGGCGAGGAUCCCACGGCGUCUCGAAGGGUUCAAGGGCCAAGACAGCGCGAGAGGUUCAUUCGAGGUUCAAUCUCGUGUGUUCUGUACACUGAGCUGCAGAGAGGACGUGCGUUCCGGUUCUGUACAGUGGCAAGGCGGUGCACUCACGGCCUGGGCACUGCGGACGGAAAUCGGACACUGUACAAUGUCGUGGUCACUGCUGUUAAGGAUUGGGUAUUGUGCUUGUAAGUUCAUCGCUGUACAGUUGGUUUUUUUAUAUAUAUAUAAUUGUGAACUUUACAGUGAUAUGGUAUUGGUCAGUGACACAGCAGUGUAAUCGGGUGUUGUACAGUGCCGUGCAAUUUCCCUCCGCAGUGUCCUUGGCAGUGUAAAAAACCCACGUUGCUCUCGUCAGCCACUCUAUCGAAUGCAGACUGGCAAAUGAUUUGUAUGUAUUUAAUAAAAAAUAUUUUUACAAA